UGGUAUUGGCAUCAGUGGAGCUAAGCUUCUAACAGCAAACAGCAAACAGUUUUGCAACAGUUCUUCCAAUUGUUCCAUUCCAACUCUAAAAAGGAUCUUCGUCUCCAGCUCACCAUGCGCUACGCUCUGGUCUUUGUGCUUCUCUGUGGCCUGAUGUUCGCCUUCACCUCGGCUGGACUGCUCGGCGGCGGCGGCGGUGGCGGUGGCUAUGGCGGUGGUGGCGGUGGCGGCAAGGGAGGCGGCGGUGGCCAAGGAGGCGGCUAUGGCGGUGGCGGCAAGGGAGGCGGCGGCGGUCAAGGAGGCGGUUAUGGCGGCGGUAAGGGAGGCGGCGGCGGCGGUGGACAGGGAGGCUGGCAGAAGAAUGGCGGCGGCGGCGGUGGAGGCGGCGGUUAUGGCGGUGGUGGCGGCGGCGGUGGCAAAUCCUUGGCUGGCAAUCGCGGCAGCUCGGUGUCCUGGCAGGGCGGUAAUGCCGGUGGAGGCGGCGGUGGCAAACAUGGCGGCGGAGGCGGCGGUGGAGGCGGUGGCAAGCACGGCGGCGGUGGCGGAGGAUACGGUCCUGGCGGUGGCGGCGGCGGUGGUGGCAAGCAUGGCGGUGGCUGGUAAACAGCAGCAUCACCAGCCAACACACAACACAACACAACAGAAACCACUUCAGCACAAC